AUGCAAGCGGUUUCCGUGUUUUCCGUGUCGCCGAGCUUCAAUUCCAAGGAUUCCGUGAGCGAUUUCGAAGCCGAAUACGCGCAGCUCUCUGCGAAUUUCAGCUCCCAGCUCCAAAUCGCCGGUUCCGGCGGCGAUUUUGAAUUCGAGGACGCUGGGAAGCCAGAAAUGGAAGAUAAAGAAGCUCAAAGCGUGGACGACGGCGGCGAAUGCGAGACCGAAAACGAAGACGAUUUCUCUUUCGCCCCCACGAAAGCCGACGGUUCGCCGAUUUCUGCGGACGAUAUAUUCCAAAACGGCCAGAUCCGGCCGGUAUUUCCGUUUUUCAACCGAGAUCUUCUCUUCGCCGAAGCCGACGACGGCGAUGCUUCCAGAGCCAGAGCGGCCUCGUCUGCAACUUCGUCCUCGUCUCUAAGGCCGCCGUUGAAGAAGCUGUUCUUCGAAGAGCGGGACACGCAGUCGUCGUCGGCGUCCGAGUUGGACGAGCUCCAAGGAGUCCCGGAAGGAACGUACUGCGAGUGGUCAAGGAAGCCGAUGGAGGCGGCGCCGGAGCUCCGGAACAAGAGCAAUUCCACGGGAUCCUCGAAGCUGUGGAGAGUCAGAGACUUGAACCUCCGGAGCAACAGCGACGGCAAAGACGCUUUCGUCUUCCUGAACCCUAAGUCGGCGGCGAGCCAGAAGCCGAGCCAAGGAUCGGCGGCGGAUGGGAAGAGCAGCUCUGAGAUUCAAAAGACGGCGGAGAAGGUAAAGAGGAAGGCUAAGAAAGUCGAAACGGUAUCGUCUGCGCACGAGAAACAUUACGUGAAGAACAGAGAGAAGAAGGAAGGGGAUAAACGGCGGUCGUACUUGCCGUAUCGGCCGGUGGUUGGGUUCUUCACCAAUGUGAACGUAUUGAGCAGAAACGUUCAUCCUUUUUGA